CUAGAGGGCACUAAUCCAAGGCAGCGGAUAGUAUGGGAACAACUUGCGAGAGGAGGCCAUUCACUAGCCUGUUUUAGCUACACACACCUAGCUACUCUUAGCUAGCCGGCGGCUAACCAGCGAGCUAAAACAUCAGUUUGUCUUAAUGUCGCCUGUCUUACCAAGUGAUGGCAAGAGAACAGUGUUCACAAAUCGAAGCUGAACUCUAUUACCUCAUUGCCAGAUUUCUGCUGUCUGGACCAUGUAAAAAAGCCGCAAAGAUCCUGAUCGAGGAGCUGGAGGAGUAUGAGUUGGUCCCGCAACGAUGGAGUUGGGACGGGAAGAAAUACAAACGGAACUUCCAAGAUUGGGUGGUGUUGAACCAGCACAUUCCUGCAGACUAUUUGCUCAGGAUUUGCCAGCGGAUAGGCCCACUUAUAGAAAAGGAGAUCCCACCUAGUGUUCCUGGAGUCCAGACACUUCUGGGGCUGGGAAGACAGUCCUUGCUUCGCACCAGCAAAAGUUGUAGCCACAAGGUAUGUAGUGGCUCAGCUGUCGCUGCACUCCACCGAGGACGUCCACCAGAACCUCCAGUGAGCAAUGGAAGUUCUCCUAAUGUUGUGUCCAUCAUGGGUGCUCGCCAGGCCACAGGCACAGGUCGUUUUGGCCAGGUUCUGCCGUCUUCCUCCUACCAACACAUGAAAAUACACAAACGUAUCCUUGGCCACCUUUCUUCAGUCUACUGUGUGGCCUUUGACCGUACCGGUCGUCGAAUAUUUACGGGUUCUGAUGAUUGCCUGGUAAAAAUCUGGGCCACAGAUGAUGGCCGGCUCCUGGCCACACUCCGCGGCCACUCAGCAGAGAUCUGUGACAUGGCUGUCAACCACGAGAACAGCCUCAUUGCUUCUGCCAGCUGUGACAAAGUCAUCAGAGUGUGGUGCUUACGCACCUGUGCGCCCAUCACUGUGCUGCAGGCUCAUGCUGCGUCUAUCACAUCCAUACAGUUUUGUCCAGCAGCCAGAGGAACAACUCGGUACCUGGCAUCAACUGGUGCAGACGGCAUGGUGUGUUUCUGGAAGUGGCACUCGCUCACCAUGAAAUUUAAUGAUCAGCCAGUCAAGUUUAUGGAGCGUUCACGGCCCGGGGUGCAAGUCUCCACUUCAUCUUUCAGCAGUGGUGGCAUGUUCAUGGCUACUGGAGGCACUGAUCAUAUGAUCAGGGUCUACUAUCUUGGUGCUGAGUCUCCUAUGAAGGUUUCUGAGAUGGAUGCUCACACGGAUAAAGUCGUGGUCGUCCAGUUCAGCAAUAACAGUGACAGCCUAAGGUUCGUGAGCGGCAGUCGCGACGGUACAGUGAAGAUUUGGCAUUACCAGCAGCAGGAGUGGAAGAGCACCACUUUAGACAUGGCUGCAAGGCUUCCAGGGAGCACUGCCGCCACAGGGGACGACAAAGCUAAGCUGGUGGUGACUAUGGUUGCCUGGGACCGCACUGACAGCACCGUAAUCACAGCGGUGUCAAACUACCUGCUCAAAGUAUGGAGCACAUCCACAGGACAGCUGCUGCACAUUUUGUCUGGUCAUGACGACGAGGUGUUUGUGCUGGAGGCUCAUCCAUUUGACUCCCGCAUCAUGUUAUCUGCCGGCCACGAUGGCAACAUUUACAUCUGGGACCUAACCAAAGGAGUCAAGAUCCGCAAUUUCUUCAACAUGAUUGAGGGCCAAGGCCACGGUGCUAUUUUUGACUGCAAGUUCUCAGCAGAUGGGCAGCAUUUUGCCUGCACUGACUCACACGGCCAUUUGCUCAUCUUUGGUUUUGGCUGCAGCAGACCAUAUGAAAAGAUUCCCGACCAGAUGUUCUUCCACACGGACUAUCGUCCUCUUAUCCGUGACUCUAAUAACUACGUCCUGGAUGAGCAGACGCAACAGGCGCCACACCUCAUGCCUCCACCCUUCCUUGUGGAUGUCGACGGGAAUCCUCAUCCUCCUCACUACCAGCGCCUGGUGCCUGGACGGGAGAACUGCAAGGAAGAGCAGCUAAUACCUCAGAUGGGAUACAUGGCUAACAAUGAUGGAGAGUUGGUUGAGCAGGUUCUUGGCCAGCAAACGGCAGAAAAUGGAGAAAGCCCGUUGGACAAUCUCAUCAGACAGCUGCAGAAUGAACAAGAUGAGCGUCAGAAUGCAGAGCGGGAGGCAGAAGGGGAAGAAGCUGGUGAAGGCGCAGAGGCGGUGCCCUCCUCUCCAGUUGUUGCACCUCGCAGAAGUGGGCAGGUGGAUGGGGUGUGGCAAAUGCAGCAUAACGCCCUUCCCAGUCAGGUGGCCACCGAGAGGGACCUGCUGGCCUGGAGCCGCAGAGUGGUGGUCAAUGAAGUGCUGCAGGGGAUAUUCAGAGUUUCAGAGGAGUGCAGACAAGCCAAAGGUGACAUUGAAUGUUCUCUAUACAACGCUGAGAGGAAGAAGAAACCAGUAACCUGUGCACCUAAGAGCGAUCUCUUGUCUUCACGCCUGCGCUCCCUGCGGCCCACGAAGAAAACUAAUAAGCGCCAUGCCUAUCAAACCCGGUCAGCUCAAAUCCGGCGUCCUGGAACCAGGCGUAGAAAUCCCAGCAACCGACGUACCUCUAACAGCCAGAUGGACUCGGAGAGUGAUGGAGAACAGGCAGAAGAACAGGCGGAGCAUACCGAUGCAUCUUCAGAUGGUGAUGCUCGGUGGCAGAGUGAAAGCAGCUCCAGCGAUUCCUCCAGUGAAUAUUCUGAUUGGACAGCGGAUGCUGGGAUCAAUUUGCAGCCGCCAAAGCGACCUACCAGGAGACCUGUACAGCCUCCAGAUUACAGCAGCUCUGAGGAAGAAGAAGGAGAUAACGAAGCCAAGGAGGCAAGGACGAGGGAAAAAGAGAAGAGGAAGAAGAAGUCCAAGGAGACCAAACAAAAACCCACAUCCUCUCUGGGUGGACUUGAUGCGGAAGAGUGGCUGCCGCCAUCUUGGAUUAUGGAGACUGUCCCCCGCCGCUCUCCUUUUGUUCCACAAAUGGGAGAUGAACUCAUCUACUUCAAACAGGGCCAUCAGGCUUACGUCCGGGCUGUUCGCAGAGCUAAGGCUUACAGCAUCAACCCUCAGAAGCAGCCGUGGAACAGACUCAACCUCAGGGAUCAGGAAUCUGUGAAAGUGGUUGGAAUUAAGUAUGAAGUGGGACCUCCUACCCUCUGCUGCCUAAAAGUGGCGUUCUUGGACCCAGUCUCAGGGAAAAUGACCAAUGAGUCUUUCUCCUUAAAGUAUCAUGACAUGCCUGAUGUCAUUGAUUUUCUGGUACUGCAGCAGUUUUACAACGAGGCUAAAGAGCACAACUGGCAACCUGGCAUGAGGUUCCGCAGCAUCAUUGACGACGCCUGGUGGUUCGGCUCUGUGGAGGAUCAAGAGCCCCUGCAGCCAGAGUAUCCCGACAGCCUGUUUCAGUGCUACGCAGUAAAAUGGGAUAACGGUGAGCGGGAGAAGAUGAGUCCCUGGGAUAUGGAGCCUAUUCCUGAGGAAGCUGCUUUGCCAGAGCAGGUUGGUGAUGGUGUGGAGGUGGCAGAAGAGGAGCUGAAAGCUCUACUCUAUGAGCCUCAGGAAGGUGAAUGGGGGGCUCAUACACGAGAUGAAGAAUGUGAGCGAGUCAUUCAUGGCAUCGAUCAGCUUCUGACACUGGAUGUAGCAAAGGCGUUCGCAUUACCGGUAAAUUUGCAGGACUACCCUCUGUACUGCACCGUAGUGGCUUACCCCACUGACCUCAGCUCCAUCCGCACACGUCUGGAGAAUCGCUUUUACAGGCGGAUCUCUGCAUUAAUGUGGGAGGUGCGUUACAUCGAACACAAUGCCCGCACUUUCAAUGAACCUCAAAGCCCCAUUGUAGCAGCCGCCAAGGUGGUGACUGAUGUUCUCCUUCACUAUAUCGGGGACCAAAGUUGCAUCGACGUCUUGGAUCUGUAUCGUAAACUGAAGUCUGAAGUCAGCAGUGAAGCUGAGUUUGACUUGGACGUAGAUUCAGACACUCCAGGAACAUCUACAGGACACCGGGGAGGCACUGCAAAUUCUAAGAAGCGUGGUGUGGUUCUGGAUCCGAAAGCCUGGCGAGGUCAAUGUCGAGAGCUGUUGCGUCGAAUGACAGCUUCCACGAAUUCCGAACCUUUCAGGCAGCCUGUGGAUCUCUUUGAAUAUCCGGACUAUCGAGACAUCAUUGACACUCCCAUGGAUCUGGGUACAGUGUCAGAGACACUGGCAGUAGGAAAUUAUGAAAAUCCGAUGGAGUUUGCCAAAGACAUCCGCCUCAUUUUCAGCAACUCUAAAGCAUACACUCCGAACAAGAAGUCACAGAUCUAUACCAUGACCCUCAGCUUGUCGGCCUUCUUUGAAAAACACAUCAUCUCCAUCAUUUCUGACUACAAGUCUGCCAUUCAGAACGAACGGCGGGCUCGACAACAUCUCACUUACAGGAACAGAUUGCACAACGGAGGCAGCUCGCCACCUAAUAGUCCAUCCCACAGCUCAAAAGGAAAGCACAAGUCAGGGAAGGCAUCAAAGCAAAAAAAAUCCCAGACCUCAACAAAGAAUCGUUCUCAGAGAUCACAUAAAGCUCAGCAAAGCGGUAGUGUAGCAGAGGAAGAGGACGUCCAGCCUUCUUCCCCAACUUCAGGGACGAGUGUCAGGAGCAGAAAUCAAGGACCACAUCGGGUGACCCGCAGCCAAGCAACUCCCGUGAAGAAAUCCGGUCACCAGAAUAACUUGCACCUAAGUAACGGCUCCAGACAGCGGCACUUGCGAGAAACGUCGCAGUCCGACGAUGAAGAGGAGGCGUCAGGAUCCAACAGCUCCUCGUUGGAGUCGUCCUCCACCUCGUCGUCAUCAUCCUCCUCCUCAUCCUCCUCCUCCUCCUCAUCGUCUGACAGCGACAACAGCUCUGACUCUGAGGUGGAAAAGUACGUGGAGGGAGGAGGAGAUCACGACUACAGCAAAGCCCCCUGCCUGUCAGUACGCCUCUCAGCUAAGGGUAAGGUGGCAGCCUCAGGAAAGAGGAGACACAAAGGAGGAGAGGACACAGAGGCACAGGGACCUAAACGAGCACGACUGCAGCUUGAGGUAGAGGAGCAGGAGGAUGAUGAGGAGGAGGAAGAGGAGGAGGAGGAAGAGGCAGAGGAGGAUGAGGAAGAAGAAGAAGAGGAGGAGGAGGAGGAAGAGAAGGAGCAGCAGCAACAGGUGGAUUUAAAACAUGAGGAGGAAGAAGAGGAGGAGGAGGAGGAGGAAGAAGAAGAGGAGGAGGAGGAAGAAGAGGAAGAGGAGGAGCCAGAGGACGAGGAUGAUAACAACUCUGAGGUGCAGACACGAGCAGCAGCAGCUCCAGCAGCAGCUAGCAGCCAGAGAGGCAGCCAAUGUAAGUCUCGGCGGGUCAACACACGAAACCAGGGCCGCAGGACAGUUCGAUACGGAGACGACUCGGAGGAUGAUGGCCAUGGGUCGAAAGACGACCCUCUAAACCUGGGCAUGUCCCGCUCAGGACGAGUACGCCGUAUGACUGAGAAAGCCCGUGUCAGCCACCUUAUGGGCUGGAGUCACUGACACGUCGCCCCUCACCCAUCCCCUUUUUUCCAAACCUCAAUGAAAGAACGGUAAAACAUGAGUAACACAUCAGGGAUUAUUCUUUUUCUUUUUAUACAAAUUUGUGUGUGUGUGUGUAUAUAUAAUAUAUAAAUAUGAUUUCUCUUUUUAUCUAAAGACUGAUUAUGACUCAAACUGAUAGCCGGUGCUCAUAAAAUGUUGCCACGGAUUUUUUUUUUUCUUCCCUGGUCAACAGAGCUUCUGUUCAACACGGACCCUCUCCAACUGGAUUAACUCACCUCGGCCUUACUGCUUCUCUGGAAGAGCCCUUACGACACGGCUCUGGUCUUCUUCCUCCUCAUCCUGUGGUUUCAUGUCCAGAACUUUAAACACUAUAUAAAGUCCCCUUCUUCCUUCCAGCAACCUUUCUUGCUCCUGGUCACCAAAGAAGGAUGUGGAGAUGCCAAAAAAAAUGGUGCUCGUAUAGAUAUCUGUAGUUUUGUUUUGUUUAAUUUUAUUUCUUUUUCACUGAGUAAAUCAACAAAACUGCUGUGGUAGUGGUCACAGCCACAGGUGCAGAAUCACUUAAGGUAUCUGAUGUCAACCUUUCUCGUUUGCAGCACAAACUUCCAUCUGAUUGUGCUCUCCUCAACUGAGGACUAGCAAUAUUAGGAAGAAGUGGGUAAAAUAAAAUGGCAACACGCUCUUACCCCAGGGCAUAAAAUACUGCUGUUGUUCUUGGCUUUGUACAGAUGUUGUCUUGAGAUGGGGUUAUGUCACAUUUGGGUGCUUCAUUGUAUUUCAAUUUUUACUUGCUGGUGAGAUUUGAACACCAAAAACUGCUUGGUUAGGAAAAAGAUUGUUGUUUACACCUGCUUGUUGAAGAAGAAAAGUUUACCUGCUGUGUUUAAAUGCGACUCCAAGCGGUCCAUAAGACCCAAACUGUUUUGUAUUUGAGUGGUAGACUGGUUUCCAUAACCCAUCACUACACUGUCUCCACCUCUUUGCAUUUCUUUGAGACACUGGUGGUUUUGACACAACAGCAGUAUUUGACGCCCUGGGAGCAGACGGAGAAUAGAUUACCAUAGUAAUAUUAUCCCUUUCAAUGUCCUUGGUCUGUGAAUGUGAAAGGAAAUGUCUUUCCCCAGCUUCUUCUCGCUUGGGUCUUCUCUUCAGCACUGUUAUUUAGAUAGAGUUGGGUGCUGUUUUUAAAGGGUAAAAGUGGUGUAUUCUUUCUUUCGGGGGUAACAAAGCCACUGUUUUUAGUGCUAUUGUACUCUGAGUGAUCAGACCUGCAAAUAUUCAUGGUUAUUUCCGCAGCUCCUUCUCUACCCAGCCUGUGCAAAAGCAAAGGAAUCCCCUGGCCAGCUCUCUUCCACAGAAAUAUUUAUUUUUCCAUUGCAUUAUACUCGGGUUACUUUAUCUAUUUCAUACUUUAUUAGUGAUGAGGAAAAAGGAAAUAUUUGCACAUUUAUCUCCUCCAUGUGGCAGCUGAGUAAUAAAGAUAUUAGAGAAA